AUGGCCGCGCUCGAAGAUCUUCCGUGGAUAGAUUCCAUGGCAUCCCCAAUGAACUCUCAAGACAAUGGCCAGUCUGACUCCCAGCCGCCGACGAUUGCUCCUUUCUCCCCUUCUACCAUCUCCGGCUCCGCCCUGAGCUCGCGCCAGCGCUCCAGCGUCAUCGUGCAUCGCAAAUCGCCGCUGCUGGUAGCUACACCACCGUCCAUCACCAGGGCGCUGGCCUACUCGCACCCGUUUCUCCUGCCGCUCAAUAAGCUUACGGGUCUGUUGACAUGGACCACGGGAGACCCGUGGCAGAGCUUCCUGCUCGUGGCUACCUUCUGGACGGUGGUGCUAUACAGUGAUGCCAUCAUCCUUUGGGCGGGUCCGAUAUUGGUGGUGCUCGGGUUGAUUCUGGGUAUGUAUGGCCGGCGCUACUCGCCUCUGUCGUCGACGACAUCGACGGGUGAGAAGCACCAGAGCAAAGCUGCUUCGGAGACAACCCGCCACCAGAAAAGUCUGGAUGACAUUGUUGAGACCUUACGCACGCUUACGACUCGGUGCAAUAUCCUGCUCGAACCCUUACUCGAUUUGACCGAUUUCCUCUCUACCCAGCGCACGGCAACGUCUGCAACGACUCGACCGGCCCUGACUGCUCUCUUUAUUCGAAUCCUUCUUGUUACGCCCAUCUGGAUCGGCCUCACCCUUCCUCCUCUUUACCUAAUUACUACGCGACGCGUCAUCAUGACAGUCGGCACCAUUGUCCUAACCUACCACUCGCGACCCGCGCGGGUCUCGCGCGUGAUUCUAUGGCGGUCUCGAGCAGUCCGCCGCCUUUGCGCUAUGAUUACGGGCCUCUCAGUCGCAGAUGGGCCGAGCAGUGCACAGAAUCCCCAAGCCCAGAGCCAGGGACUGAAUAUCUCGACACGGCGGCGUGGAGAUGCCUCCGGCGUACGAUUCACUUUCGUCGUGUAUGAGAACCAGCGACGCUGGCUCGGAAUCGGCUGGACCUACUCCCUGUUCCCGUCAGAGCGUGGCGCCUGGACCGACGAGCAUCUCAACUCUGUUCCACCAAAAGACUCAUUUGAAUUACCUGAUGUACAAACUGGCGACGCCAAAUGGCGCUGGGUGGAAGGUAGCGAGUGGCGCGUUGAAGGUGCCGACCACCCUACCAAACCGGACUCGAAAACAUCGACUAGCGAGGGAUGGAUCUACUACGAUAACAAGUGGCAUGAUGGCCGCCGCGCCCAAGAUGGCUGGGACCGAUACACGCGCCGACGCAAGUGGUACCGCGAUGCCGAGCUGGUGGAGGUACAGCCAAAUGGCUCAGAUCAGACCGUUUCAAACCUCACCCAAGCUCUAGAAAAGGAGAAGGAAAAGACAGAAAAAGAAUCCGACCCCGACUCCAUGAGCCUCUCAUCCACAACGCCCCUCAAAGCCCGCAAGCGGGGCUGGUUCCGCAACAGCAACAGCAAGGACAAGGACCGUACCAGUACCGGCGGUUCCAUUGACCAAGGCCGCGCAACAGGAUCGAACGUCGGAGCAACUCCGGCCGGAGCCGGAAGCAGCAAAGGCACGCCUUCGCGCCCGGUCAGCAUUCAGCAUUCCCGCAAACCAUCCCAGUAUAGCAUCCGCGAGGGCAGCGUGGGAACAAGUGACAGUGCCAGUCUGCGCGAUAAGGAUGCCUCCAUGCAAGAUCAUCUUGAUAAAUGGUCCACCAGAGCGUCAUCGGGCACCGAAAGAGCCGAGAGGGAAUUCGGGUUGAGUGAUGAAGUGAACAUGGGAUUAAGUUGA